GUGUGUGGUCAGUGUGGUACGCAUGCAUUUGGCGAGCGCCGGUUUGUCGAGAGACAGAAGAGAGACCGUCCGUCUGUCUCUUUGUUACCUCGGGCACCCAGUAUAUUCCUAUAUACGGUAGGUUCGAAAACAAACUGACGUCCCCCAGCGGGAAGGUUAUGUUGGAGGCAGGUGCGCGAUGGGCGUUGCUUCGUCUCCGUGAGGAAUCCGGAGAACGUGCGUUGUCAGAAGCGUAACGCGCGCUCCUGAGAUCCCCUCGGUCGGGAGGAACAGGACGAGAAGCUCUCGCGACGACCUGAGGCAAUGUCGUCGCGACGCGCAUUCGUCAACUGCGAUCUCGAAGAAGGCUAAACGUCAGGAAUUAUCCGAUGGAUGCCAUCAUGUAGAGUCUAAAGGCGGAAACGAAGGAAGAUGACGCCGCAUUUCACGACGCUGACUCCGAUGCGGAAGCGAUGCCUAAUCGUGCUGCUGCUGAUCCUGGUCCCGUGCGCGAUUCUGAAUCUGCUGACACCGUCGGAUAUGCGCGAGGAGGCCGUACUGCAGAACAGCAUCGCCGAGCUGCAGGCCAAGCUGGAGCACCUGCACGCCAAGUACAUUGGCAGCCAGGAAGAGAUAAACUUGCUGUCGCAUCAGCUGCUACAGCUGAUCGAGAGCAAUCACAUCCUGCCGGAUCUGCAGCUGCUCAUCAACAACGGCACCUCCAAUAUCACCAGCAUCAAGCUACCUUCAAUCUACAAUUUUCUACCGCAUUUUCUUAACGAUCCGAACAGCCUGCGUCCCGCGUUCGUGCAGAGCAAAGGUAGAUCGGGAGUGAGCAUGGUGUUGGGCGUACCGACGGUGAAACGCGAGGUUCAGUCUUACCUUAUGGCGACUUUGAAAAAUCUGCUGGAUCGUAUGAGUACCUCAGAGAUCGCCGACACCUUGAUCAUCGUUUUAGUGGCCGAAACAGACAUUGACUAUGUGACAUAUGUUGCGAAGCAAAUUGAAGUUCAAUUUCCGAACGAAUGCGAAGCUGGCGUGAUCGACGUGAUAUCACCAUCAUCAUCCUAUUAUCCAGAUUUAUCAAAAUUGCGCGACACUCUCGGCGAUGAUCAUCAACGUGUCGUUUGGCGGUCCAAGCAGAAUCUAGAUUUUGCUUUUCUUAUGUCCUACGCCCAGACUAAGGGCACGUUUUAUGUACAAUUGGAAGAUGAUAUUUUGGCUAAGAAAAACUUUAUAACUACUAUGAAAUCGUUCGCGUUACAGAAGAUUGGUACAAAGGAAAAUUGGCUUGUCCUGGAUUUCUGUCAGCUCGGUUUUAUCGGAAAACUGUUCAAAUGUGUGGAACUUCCCUGGCUGAUUCAAUUCUUUUUGAUGUUCCACAAUGAUAAGCCUGUUGAUUGGCUAUUGGACCAUUUGAUAUCGACAAAAGUCUGCAGUCUUGACAUGGACAGCAAACAUUGCAAAAUGGCUAAAGCAGAGUUAUGGGUGCAUUACAAACCUUCUCUCUUUCAACACAUAGGGACACAUUCCUCGUUGAAAGGAAAAGUGCAGAAACUCAAGGAUAAACAAUUUGGCAAGAUAACACUAUUUUACGCUCACGAGAAUCCCGAGGCGAUUGUGGAGACUCAAAUCAAGCCUUACAAACAGUAUACACUACAAAAAGCAUACAAGGGCGAAUCGUUCUUUUGGGGCUUGUUGCCUCAGCCGGGAGACCAUUUAAAAUUUAAAUUUUCACAUCCUAUUUUUAUAAAGAAGUACUUAUUCAGGAGCGGAAAUCCUGAGCACCCGUCUGAUAGAUUUUACAAUACGACGGUAGAAGUAUUGUCCGAGAUGUCUCCGUUGUUGGAUAGAAACAGCAACGAUGUGACGGAGGAUGGUUAUAUUAUUAUAGGUAAGUUUGAUGUACUUGGUGUCGCCGAAGGGACCGUGGAUCGAAGACUGGGUAAGGUGUCGGUGCUUCGUUUAACUAUACACAGUGAAAGCGAAAAUUGGGCUAUUCUAUCUGAGAUUCACAUAGUAGAGGAUCAGCCUAGCUGACUAAAGGAUGAGGAUUCCCGAGUGCUCUUUCGGUACCACCUGCACGGUUAGCAUAAGCGACUGAUUUUAUAAAUGUUUAUUAAUAAUUUAUAUAUUUUUUUAUUUUGCUGUCAUGUUAUAUAUUGAGUGGAUCACUUGUUAAUUCAAUGCCGUCCAUUACAAAAGAGAAAUAUGUUUUAACGAUUAUAUUUAACAUAAUUGAAAAGCUUUAUGGCGGGGUAUGUCAAAACGUUGAUAAUCGGUAUGUACAGUCGUGGACAGAUCGGUUGCGACACUUUUUUUUUAUUUGGUUUCGGAACAUACUAAUAUUUUGUAAA